UAUUAUGAAGAUAAAUAAAUAAAUAAAGAAAGAAAAAAGAGAAAUCUCUCGAACUUUCCUUGUACAUAUCAUCUGCAAGAUAUUUUCAUCUCUCUCUUUCUCUUCUUUUCUCUUUCUACCGUCAAUUCGCCCUUCCGUAUUCACCACACGCCAAUCCUUGAAAAACCCAACGCAACCAACUCUCAAAUUCUUCUUCUUCUUCUUUUUCUUCUUCUUCUUCUUCUUCAACUCCGCAACGCUGUUAUGGUGAUCUGAAAGUCGUUUUUCAGUUCUAUUUUUCGGUCUUCUGGUUGUGUUUCAAGCUGAUUCAAGUUUUUGAUGGAUCGGGGAGGAGGAUCCGACGGCGGGGCUUGUUAUUACACUAUUCUCGGUAUUCGUAAGGAUGCAUCUCUCUCUGAUAUCCGUACUGCCUAUCGCAAGCUUGCUCUGAAAUGGCAUCCGGACCGGUGGAUGCGGAAUCCGGCGGUGGCUGGAGAAGCGAAACGGCAAUUUCAAUUAGUACAAGAAGCGUAUUCAGUUCUCUCCGAUCAGACGAAGAGGUCCGUUUACGACGCCGGGCUUUACGAUCCGACGGAAGAAGACGAUGAGGAAUUUUGCGAUUUCAUGCAAGAGAUGAUCACGAUGAUGAACAACGUCAAACCGGAGGGUGACAGCUUCGAGGACCUCCAGAGGAUGUUUAUGGAAAUGGUCGGUUCAGAUGGCGUGGGAAUGUUCAACAUGAACGACAAUCCAACGGCCUCGAAGAGGCCACGUCCCAACGGCUCCAGAUCUAGCGCGCCCAAACGUAGCUCCUCUCGCCGCUAAGAUCUUUUUAUUUUCCAUUGGACAAUGACGAAAAUAUCCUUAGCUGACGUGGAAAAUUUCCUGGGUUUGUGAAGGGCAAUUCGGUAGGUUUUUAAUUUAAUGUAAUUUAGAGCAAGGUCAAGGGGCUUUAUUGUCUUUUCCUUGCUAGGGAAUCUUUGCUUUUUCUUUCUAUUUUAUUAUAUUAAUAAUAAUUAUAUAAGCUCAUCCCUCUUC